CGCAUUUUCCAGGCCUGCACGGAUGAGCGAGCACGGACCAGUCGGGUCCGGUGACUAAUUCCCAUCAUAAACCCCACACAAGUUCGGCGGGCGAGUCCGACUCGUUUCAUUCCUCCGUAUUACCGUGCAGCCAGUGCCGCAGCGGGGAGAUAAUCGGGCGGAGGGAGCAGUUACACUGAGUCGACAGAGGGAGAGAGAGGGAAGGGGAGAGAGAGGGGCUGGCAGCACAUGAUCACACGGGCUGUAUCCAGUCACUCAUCUACUGGAGCGUUCAUAAUUGCGGUGGCGUCCACAUAUGGGAAUACAACGGGGCGAGAUUGUGAUCGCACCUGAUUCUGGAGGACACCGUGCGGGGAAAAGGUGGCAAAAUCCGGGGGACUUUGCCUGAACCAACCGAGAGAAAGACUGAAAGAGGGAGAGAGAAAGAGAAAGAGCGGCAGCCCCAAACACCAUCCGGUAGGGAGCUGAUCUGGAGUCAGAAGCGACAACUAAUCUACAUCAGAGCCCAAAAUCUGAAAACAUAGAAGGAGCGGCUCCUAUAAAAAAGAGAGAACACACUCCUACACGCCAUCAUUCGCCUCAGCUUCCUUUGAGUUGACGGACUGUGUAAACAGCAGCCUGAGAGUACAGCGUUCGGAGAUGCUGAAGGAGUGGUGUUGGAAAGAAUAGCGCAGAUGGUGUGGCAUCAUCUCCUUCCCUGUCAGCCCCACUUCAAAAAGGUGGAGGUCACAGGAUUCCAGCUCAUUUGAGCAUAUUAGGAAGUAACACCAUACUUGAGGGAAAAAAGACAGUCUUCCCGUUCCUGAUAAUGGCACCUUCUUACAUGGCCAAACUUGGUGCCCGGCUCUUCGUAGUGUUCCUUUGGCUGACUAUAAAUGCCGGCAUUGCUGCAGCCACUAUUCAAGGAUACAUUGGGGACAUAGACAUGACAUGCCCAUCUGUAUGCAGGUGCGAUGAAGACUUUAUUUAUUGUAAUGAUCGUGGACUGAGCUCCAUCCCAUCACUCCCUCCUUCUGCAUCUGUCCUCUACCUUCAGAACAACCACAUUAACAACCCGGGCCUCCCCACCUCCUUGGAGCGUCAUCUGUCUGUGCGCGUUGUCUACCUCUAUGAUAAUGAGCUGGAUGAAUUUCCCAUGCACCUUCCGCCAUCUGUGCGGGAACUCCAUUUGCAGGACAACAAUAUCCGCACCAUCCCUCGUAGCACGCUGGCUCGAAUGCCCUUGUUAGAAAAGCUCCACUUGGACGACAACUCAAUUUCCACUGUCUCCAUUGAAGAUCAAGCCUUUGCUGACAACCCACGGUUACGCUUGCUUUUUCUUUCACGCAACCACCUGUCUAGUAUUCCCUCAGGACUGCCAGCUUCUUUAGAGGAACUACGUCUGGAUGAUAACCGGAUUUCUACUAUCCCAACACAUGCUUUCCGAGGCCUCAACUCAUUAAGGUGUCUCGUUUUGGAUGGGAACCUUUUGGCAAACCAGCGCAUUGCAGAUGACACAUUCUCCCGCCUUUCCAACUUGACAGAAUUGUCCCUUGUGCGCAAUUCCCUACAAACCCCACCUGUCAACCUGCCCAGUGCCCAUUUACAGCGACUAUCUCUACAAGAUAAUGCCCUGACUCACAUGCCACGUGGUUCCUUGGAUGGCAUGCACAGGUUGCAGAGGUUGGACUUGUCAGGAAAUAACCUAACUACGCUACCAAGAGGACUGUUCAAAGACCUUGACAGUCUUGGUCAGCUGCUUGUGCGUGGGAAUCCUUGGCACUGUGGUUGCAACCUUCGAUGGCUUUAUGAUUGGUUGAGUGCCCGUGGUAACACUAUCACUGUCAGGGGUCUGACUUGCCAUGGGCCGGACAGGGUGCGAGACAUGGCUCUGAUUGAUCUGGGCAGUGAAAUGGAGGAAUGCGAAGUAGUGAGACUGACAGGGACUAAAGAAAAAGGGGCUGUUGGUGGAGUCGAGAGCUCUACAACCAAUGCACCUUCACAGGGUUCCCUCUUCACCCUGCGUUCAAAGAGGCCCGGCUUUGGGUUUCCUGACUCUGGGUUAGACUACACGCUUAGCAGCAGUGGUGUGGGGAAGAGCCUGGCUCUAAAUGUAAAACCUUUGUCACACAACAGUAUUCGUGUUACUUGGAGUGCAGCUCAGCCAAGCUCUUCUUUUAGGUUAAGCUGGCUCCGACAGGGCGCUGGGAAUGCCAUGGAAUCAAUCACAGAGACCCUUGUACGGGGGGAUCGACAAGAGUAUCUGCUUACUUCCCUGCAACCACGCUCUAGCUAUAUCAUUUGCAUGGUGCCACUGCCUGUCAGUUCAGAAAGCAAAGCAGCAAUUUCUGGAGACACUGACUCUGAUGAAACUUUAGUUUGUGCGAAAGCAGAAACAUCAGACCUUAGUUCAUUAGAAGAAAAAGAGGAUGAGAACUCACAGCAAAUUACAGUGCUCCCCCUAGCAGGGAUUAUUGGCGGAGCUACCGCCACUGUAUCUUUAGCUCUAAUUUUAGGUGUUUUCUGUUGGUAUGGACAUAGAACUGGGAAUUUAUGUUCCCGUGACCACUAUACUCGUAGUAGCUCAAGAAAAAGCAAAACCUACGAUGAUUACAUUGAAUCUGGCACCAAGAAGGAUAAUACUAUCCUGGAGAUUCAUGGACCAGGUUUCCAGAUGACACCAAUGCCAGCUUGCCAGCCAAUGCAGCCGAAACCCCUACGAGAGGAUUACAUCAUUCACACCAUAUUUCCCUCCAAUGGCAGUAGCUUGUACAAAGGCUCUAACCAUGUUUCCAAUGCAGCACAUGGCACCAACCGUGGCUAUAGAGAAGGAGGAAUCCCAGAUAUAGACUACUGUUACACAUGAUGUAUUGCACCAGAUGCUGUUCAUAGUGUAAUUGGUAAAACUGUAUAGAUGCACAAUUUCCCUUGGCAUGGACACUUCUGAAGCACCCUCUGUGCCUUCUUCUUCUGGUCUCCCAUUCCAAAUGACCUACAGUUCAUUACUGAGUGAACUGGAUACGAUUAACUGAACUUUGUGGGAACAAUUCACUGCAGGAGGCAGCAGCCAGUGCCCCAGGUGUAAAUGCACAGCUGAGUGUUUCUUCACCAUCUUAGUAAUGGCCUGUGUAUGAUUCCUUUUUUUGCUCUUUCCCUGUGACAUGUAAGAAUGUAUCUUUUGUGGAAAGGUCAAACUUAGCGUGGGUGAAGGUAGAGUUUCUUUUUCACACAUAGGAGCUGCAGCAUUCAGCUCAAAAUGGAUUUAUUAAUGAUAAAAACAGACAUUUUUUGGUACUCUUUUCCUGGUCACCAGUCACACACAGUAUGUAGUCUUAUUGACUCGUUCCAAAUGCCUCAACUAUAUUGAUGUGCCCUACCAGCUACCCAAGCAAAGGGCUUUGUAAAGCUGUGAAUUGUUCUAUUUUAAACAACCCAAUAACCACUUGUCUUAAAGUAGGCUUGCUAUUUCCUUAUCCAGCAGAUGGCAGGGUUACGAUGGUACGAGGGCUCGUCAGCUUUGAUUUUACCUCUUGAGAUAAUUCACCUGAGAUCAAUAAGGUAGUGCUGCAGCACAUGUAUGUGGAUUAUUUACCAUUAUCAUAACUGAUUUGGCUGUGUUUCAGUAAUUGCUUUGUCAUCUUCUCCAGUUGGUUUAUUUAAUGAUAAAAUUUUGUAGAGCUAUCUUUAUUUAUAUUGCCCUUUAUGAGAUGAUUUGCUUACACUGCUUUAUCUUUAUUUGUCCCUCAUGUUUGUCAUAAUUAAUGCAUUUCAGCUCUCACAUGAGAAUGUGGUCUUUGUUUUAUCUAAGCAGUGAAAAAACUGGCAUUGAUAGCUGUUUGCAGAUUUCAGUUUUUCAUUUUAAACAUAAAUGUGAAUUGAGUCUGUGUGUACUGUUAUGUAGUUUCUUUUUUUUUUUUUUAAACCAAACCACCCAAAGUUUAGCAUGUCGACCCUCAGCUCCUUUAGAAAACGACCUCAGCUGCUCUUUUCCAAUGUUGUGUCCGUGUGCUCCACCUUAUAACCUCAGUUGCUGACUUUUGGUUUGUAAACUGUUUCCGCCCCACCAACAUUCUGACUGAGUGGACAAACUAAUAAUGUGGAGCCUCCUGCUGGAGGAAGACUCUUGUGAAUGACGGAGAAGAUGAGGCCAAGAACUGUGAGUGCAUUUGAUGAGACUCCAACCGCAACACUGUUGACCUACACUGUGGGGCGGUGGCAAAGCUUGUGUGGGCGGGUGGACAGGUGGGGGGAGGAGAGCCUGGGAGGGCGGGAUGGCUCAUCAGUGAUUGCAGUGAUUCACUGAUGUUUGUUUUAGUGACGGGAGAAAGGCCUCCACUCAUUCCACCUUUUUUAUGACUGAGCAGCACUAAAAAUGUAAAUGUAUUAGCACUUAGGAUGGAGGAGGGAUAAAAGUAACGACAGACAUGGGGAGAAAGAGGGUAAAGACACAAACCUGUGUACUGAGAAGGAUACAAAAUUAAUGGCUGCUGCACAGUUGGGUACAGCACUGCAUAAAUCUGUUUGUCAUACCUGGAUGCUACCCCUGGUUUUAUUAUCGUCUAUCAGUUGUUUAUCACUGUGUUGCUUCCAAAGGGGAAACCGUUUGUGCUUCCUUGACUGUUCUGUCCAGCAAAGCUUUGAACUGGUGUCCGACAAUAUGUCAGUGGAAUGUAAAAUUGACCUUGCACCCAAAAUUACUGGCUUAAACAAAUCUCUAUGGCCUGGCUAUUUUUCUUUUGGGGAAUGCUGAUAUAGUGUUAUUGUGUUUUUUGUUUUGUUUUUGUUUUUUUAAGUGGGUCUGUUAAAGAUGCGUACUUCCUCUUCAUUUGUAAAAAUAAAACCAUGGCCACAGCCA